AUGAAUAAAACAAUCAUAGUAUUAAUUACAAUUCUUCUUAUUGCACAAGGAAAAAGACACAUAAUAGAAAAUAAGAUGCAUAAGAAGCAGUCAUUGGAGGGAGGCAUCAGUUGGGAAUCCCCAGACAGCUUCCACAAUGAUGAAGAUUAUUAAAAAGCAAUUGAUAAGGCAAGACAUGAAUUCCAUCAAGUGUGUCAUUUAUCAGUUGAUGUCUCUUGGGUUAGAGUUGACAAGGUGGGUUUCUAGAUUGUAGCAGGAGUGAUGUGGUGGUUAGAAGUAGAAUUGAGCGAUGAUGAAGUGUAUGAGAUGAAAGUGUAUUAAGAAUUGGAGGGAACUUUUAAGUUAGUAGAGUGUUCCAAAUGACAUAUUAUCCACACUAUUUUAAUAUAUUAUAUAAUAAAAUAAAUUAA